UCGUGUCUAUGUGCGUAGUUUCCAUUUGUUUAAACCAAAAUUACAACUUAAAAUAAUACAUAAUAAUGUUUAUUACAUGAAAAAUGUGUAUACAUUUGUAAACUGAGUGAAAGUGUACUAGUGAGCUAUCUGAUAUAAGUGAUAUAUUUGCAGAUUGAAAAAAAGGUAAAUCAUGGAAGAUGGUGGACGAAAGUCAGACAAUGACAAUGGGAAUGCCUCAACAGAGUUCGUUUUACAUUGUCAGCCGUGCCUGAAAGACAAGAGGGAGAUCAGCGCCAAUGGUUUCUGCAAAAUUUGCAAGGAGUUUAUGUGUGAUCCUUGUAUAUCUGCCCACAAGAGGUUCGCCAUGUCAAGAAAUCACGUAUUCCUUACAAAAGAUAAAAUGCCUUCUUUUUAUACGAACAAAGACAAGGCUGAUUUUCUGCCUACCGAACCUUGUCAUGAACACACUAGUGAAAUGAUAAAGUUUUAUUGUCCAACCCAUGAUGACCUUGGAUGCUCAGACUGCGUUGUGUUACAUCACCGAAAUUGUAAGGUUGAGUAUUUGUCAGAGACAGCAAAACAAUACAAAGAGUCCGAGGAGUAUGAAACACUAAACGAAAACAUUGUACACAUGGAAACUGUGAUUUCCGCUUUAAACAACGAAGUAAACGAUUCCGAAGCGUUCGUAUCAGAAAACACAAAAGAAGAAAUACAGAAACUGAGGACAUUUAGGGCACGCAUCAAUCUUGUUCUGGAUACACGAGAAAAUAUGUUGCUGAAAAGUAUGAAAGAAAACGAGAUCAAACAAAAAGAGAUACUUUCAAAAUUGAGAUAUGGAAUAAAAGGCUUAAAACAGACUCUAUCAGAAACGACAACAGGCAUGCAUACGGCAGAAAAACAGUUACACCAGCAUUUUAUUUGUGCGAAAAUGGCCAAGAAGCAACUUGUGAAGCUGCAAGGAGAAAUCAAUAAGAUCAACGCAGAGAUAAUUUUGGACACGUCUGUUCGUUGCACAUUCCUAAAAGACAUACAAACGGAAGCUCUGAUCAACUCUUCAGACUUUUUCGGACGGGUCGAUUUCUCCAAUGAAGGUUUAGAUCUUAGAAGAAUAACAUCAGAGACAGACAUCGAUCUAUCUACUGUGGAAUGGACAAAAGAUGCCGAGCUGGACAUUUCCUGCACAGAAGACACAAACCGAUUCUUGAUAACAAGUUCCGCUUUCGUGGAACCAGGAAAAUGUAUUUUGGCCGACAUUGAGAAUGAAUGUGUUAAGCUUGUAGAUAUCAACGUCAACAAGGUCUUGUCACGUAGUGAAUUGAUUGGAGACCCUUGGCAGGUGUGUGCCCUCCCUGGCGGUCACGCAGCUGUUGCUCUUCCAAGUGCAUGCAAAGUACAAUUUGUGAGCGUUAAGAACGAUUCAGUAAUUGCUGGGACAAAUUUCGACGUUUCCGGUUCAUGCUAUGGACUAGCAUACACUGAUAAAAGCCUUUUUGUAUCCUACAGACAUAAGAAAAAUGCACCAGCAUGUUCGUAUGUAGAAAGACUAUCGAUGACUGGAGAAGUGUUGCAAUCGAUGACAACAAAUGCUUCAUCUCCACGUUAUCUAACCAUUAGCUCUUCUUCAAUUUACUUGACUGGUGAUUCUGCUGUUAAACGAAUCAUUCAACUUGAUUUCAACGGAAGUUUGCUGAACACAUAUGACGCUCCGAUACUAUACUGGCCAUAUGAGUCCAUCAACAUCGGAAAGGAACGAAUACUAGUGUUUGCUCGCAGUCAUUGGCAUGUAGUUUUGAUAAACGGAAAGGAGAGGGACCUGAAAGUUAUCUUAUCUUUAAAAGACCUUGGGUUCCAGAAUGACGGGUACAAUUUAUCAUUCUGUCCAGUGAGCAAAAAACUUCUGGUUGGAUUGGAUGUCUUCAGUGCUGUUAUUUAACGUUGAUUAAAACUACUUUGAUUGGUUCCGUAUGACUGUAGGACGGUUUGUACGUUACCGAUUGUUUUAAUGUUUGGUGUUAACGGAAGAUACAGUACAACGAAAUUUUGUAUUCCAUUUAUUCAUCUACAUAAUAACGCAUCAUCGUUAAACCUACGUUAAGAUGGAAAGGAACGUGAACUAAUAAUUGGUUCCGUAUCACUGUAGGCUGGUUGGUACGUUACCGAGUGUUUUAAUAUUUGGCGUUUCACGAACUAAAUUUUUUAUUCCAUUGAUUCAUCUACAUAAUUAUGUACACCAAGAACAACUGUAUAUGCCUAGCAGUAUAACAGUGUAAUGAAACUCUAGAGGCGAGAGUAUCAUAUUACUUACUCUAUACAUUAAAUACCAGAACACCGAUCAUGCGGGAAAAGGACAUCUUACGCAUUAUCAUAAAAUCUGUAAUAAGAUGAAAAGAAACGUCUUAUAUGUGUGGUCAUAUGUACUAAAGGAAACUAUAUAAUUUAGCGCACUGUAUACUAUCUAGACUCUAAGUAGAUUAUUAUUUCGUUCAUGUUUUUCUGUGAAAUAAGGUGUCUUAUCAGUUAAAAUAAACAGUGGAAGUUUCACUGCAAGCUUAGAAGCGAAAAUAACAACUUCAUUUACUACUUUUUAAAACAAUUGCUUUUACUUCCCUUUGAUCAACUGAGUAUCUCACUUUUAACACGGAACAUUUGUACAAAAUUAUAACUACAUAAUAAAAUGAACAUUACUUA